AUGGCAACACAUAGUACCAUUCCAGAAGCGACUGCUGCCGAGACAAAACCGAUACCCACAUCCACAGCCGAAAUGCCUCCCCGACACGUCUCCGAUACAUCCGAUUCGGACGGCGAAGCGCACAUCUGCUACGUCUGCGGACUGGAUUUCCGGACUGAGCGCGAGUUCAGCGUCCACGUGAAGUCUCCCGAGCAUUCGGAGAUGGCAAGCGAUGGAGCUGGGGGCUCCAGGAAAGGCGCUCCAGCAAGUUUUGGGAAGGGGAUGAAGAGGAUCAUUGCGAAUAGGAAGCGGGCCGUGGCCAAGAGGGCUGGGAAAAAAGGCCCGAAGGUGAAUAGUGAAGCGGUGGAGGCUGAGGCAGCGCAGCGGGAAGAAGACGAGGUUGUGUACGCAUCGCCAUCAGAGGCAGCAUCGGAGCAAGCUUCCGCACCAUCACCCAACAACGACACCUCGACAUCCGCCCCCACCUCCUCAGAAAAUCGUUUUGUCUUCGGCGGCGCACCCCCCAAAUCCAAAUCCACACACGCCGUCUCAACAACCACCCACCUCCCCACCACCAACACCCACCGUCACAUCCCAGCGGCUCUCGCCCAAACCCUCACCACUCUCCCCACAUCCACGCAACGCACGCUCCUACAACACACCCGACAAGCCGAGCUGAUCUCCAUGGCGCACUUGCCAGCGUCUGCGUUGGUUCAGAUUGCGAGAGAUAUGGAGGUUGCGACGAGGGAGAGCGCGCGGACGGCGCAGAAGGCGUAUGCGGAGGGCGGUGUGAGGGCCAAUUUGCAGCGGAAUUUCAAGAGUAUGAGCAAGGCGAUGGACGCGGGGUUAAUGACGACCAAGACGUGA